GUUCUUCCAUCAACCACAACGCGUCCUCAGCGAAAGCGAAUGACCACUUCCCCUCCAGCUAUAUUUUUACAGGAUGCUUGUUAUAAGCAUAAAUACAUUCGGUCGCGAGAUAUCUCAAACAUUGUCGAAAGACCGGAACGGUUGAGGGCUGUCAAGUUAGGGCUUGCAGUAGCUCUUGCUCGAUUAGAAGAGAUUGUUGAGGUCGACGACAAAAAAUUAGUCACACAUUCUGGAACGGACGAUCUGGCUAGUGUAAUGGAACGCUUGAAGCUUGAUGGAGCUGCUAGUGGCACUAGCACCGCUACGGCGUCUACAUUCGCAGGUAUUCCAGUGAUUCACAGUUCGGCUUCUAUGCAGCUUCUCGGAAGUCCUGCGGUGAAGUACAUCCACGGCGAUUUCGAAGGAGAUGUGUAUUUGGAGAAGUUACAUCAUUGGGCGAAGGAAAGUGAGGAAAAGGUCGGACGUGGAGAGUCGGAGAUACCUGGAAAUUUGCCUCAGGGAGACUUAUACUUAUGCCCGGAAUCGAUGAACGCUAUCGAAGGUGCGCUUGGAACCGUCUGCGAAGCGGUCGAUACCGUUAUUAGUGGCAAUCUUCCGGCAUCCGCAUCCUCCUCCUCCCAGACGAACAUCAAAAGAGCGUUCGUUGCGGUACGACCGCCGGGCCAUCAUUGUGGAGAGGAUACACCAUGCGGAUUCUGUUUUGUGAAUAAUGUGGCUGUCGCCAACCUCAAACACGGAAUCAUUCGAGUAGUUAUAUUCGACAUCGAUUUACAUCACGGUAACGGCACCCAGUCCAUCGUAUGGGGAAUCAACGAAGAGACCUAUCGUCAAACGUUGGAAGCUGAAUCUGGGCCUGAUGCCCCGCCGACCAAACCAGGAAUGAAAGUGUAUUACGGGAGUAUUCACGAUAUCCUGUCAUUCCCUUGUGAGGAUGGAAAGCCAGACCUCGUCCAAGCCGCCUCUGUUUCUAUCAACGGCCCCCAUGGACAAUGGAUCGAAAACAUUCAUCUAGAGGCCUAUGAGGACGAACCGAGCUUCCACGAGCUGUAUGAAAGUAACUAUUCUCGGUUGAUCCUGAAGGCUGAACAAUUUUUGGAUGUUACUGGGGGACCUGGGGAAGAUGUGUUGGUGUUUAUCAGUUGUGGUAUGGACGCCUGCGAAUACGAAUAUACAUCCAUGUCUAGGCAUGGCAGAAAGGUACCCGUGUCGUUCUACCAUCGGUUCACGAGGGAUGCAUGUCAGUUGGCUGAUCAAUAUGCGAAAGGUCGGCUUGUCAGCGUCUUGGAAGGUGGAUAUAGUGAUAAAGCCCUUAUAAGCGGUACUCUAGCACAUCUCUGCGGAAUGGUAGGUGUUUCCGAAGGAGCGGAAAGAGCUAUAAGUCAUUGGUGGCAUGCCGAAAAUUUAGAGAAGGCCGAGAAGAUUAUCAAAAAGCGUAAUGCUCGGUCAGCCCGACCCUCUGGGAUCGGUGCAUCACACGACGGGUGGGUAGACCGUACCUCGGAUAUCUUCUCUUCCAUAGACUCUGCUGGAGCAGCUAUUCUAGCAGCUUCAUCUCGCCGAACCAAAGCUGCUACUGCUAUCGCUACCGCUCCUACGAGGGUUCUAAGGGAUCGAAAGGCGAAGACAGCGUUCGCGAGUUCCACCCCGACUACGUCUCCACCAAAGCAGUCCAUAAGCACGACGUCCGUCGCGGGAACGGAUGACACGUUACCAGUUCUCAGUUCUGCAGAGAGUGAGAGCGAUGGUGUCGAUUCUGAGGCAACCUCUACAACUAUUGCUACGAGUGCGGGGAUGGGAGCGUACAAGAAAUUGCCGAGGGUAAUUUUGAAGUUGGGGCCUAAUCCUGCCGAGUCGUAAUAACUUAAUUUUUGUAAUGUUGAUAUCUUGAUCACGACGAAGUUUUUGAAUUCAAUCAGACGUUGAACCC